UGCAUCCCUACCUUACGAGGCGAUACUGUGUGUGCUCGAGCCCAAGGCGAUCAUACUGGCAUCAUCGCGUCUUGGCGACAUUGCUUACUGACAUCUAAAACCACAAACAUAACAACCCCUCAUCUGUACAACCUCACUUCUUAACUUCUUAUCAACUAACCUCCCCAGCAGCGGGCAUCAAUCAUCAGGGUAAUUUCCUAAGCGCUUCCAAACAUGGCUUCGUGGGUUGGUAUGCGUGCAACGGCCACGCCGUCCCAGAUCGACGCCGUCGCUCGAGCCAUUCGCAGCACUCCCAUCAUUGACCAUCACGCACACCCGAUCUUCAAGUCGGAGGCUUUUAACAAGAAGCCCCUUUUGGCCAUAACCACCGAAGCUAAUGGUGAUGCAAUCGAGUCGGCUACUACUUCACUACCCCAUCUUCGUGCCGUCCGCCAGCUAGCUUCUGUCCUGGGUUGUGGCUACACUUGGGAGUCGGUUGUGGCUGCCAUCGAGGAAAAGCGCCUGGACUGCCCCGAGGAUUGGACCGCUGACUGCCUGUUCGGCAUCGAGACUAUUCUCGUCGACGACGGCUUAGAUACCGAGGAUAGUGCUAAUGCGUACUCAUGGCAUGACGACUACACACGGAGCAAAUGCAAGCGCAUUGUGCGCAUCGAAAAAGUCGCUGCCGACAUUAUCCGCCAGAUCGGUAGUGCAUGCAAGGAAUCUACUGGGACCGGCGACGUCUAUGACGAUGCCUUUGAUGAAUGGACCCAGGAAUUCGAGGCCCAGAUCGUGACCGCCCUCGAGGACCCUAACGUGGCUGGCUUCAAGUCGGUCAUCUGCUACCGGACCGGACUGGACAUUACCAACGAGACCAACGAGAUCCAAGAGGAACGAGCGCGUGAGGACUUCAAGGAGAUCAUCGCCAAUUAUGCGCUCCUGAACUUUGAGAAACUGCAGACCAAGAGCCUGAACGAUUUGAUAGUGCACCGCACCGCUCAACUGAUUCAACUCAGUCCUGCCGGGCAGAAGAAGCCGAUCCAGUUCCAUACCGGUCUGGGAGAUAAUGACCUCGCCCUGCCCAGCUCCUCGCCGUCCUUCCUACAAAACUUUAUCCGGAUGUACCCGACUAUCCCCAUUGUGCUUCUCCACGCUGGCUACCCCUUCACUCGCGAGGCUGGGUAUCUGGCAUCCGUCUACGAGAAUGUCUAUGCUGAUAUCGGUGAGGUGUUUCCCUGUGUGAGCCAGGAUGGCCAAGAACGGAUCCUGCGCGAGAUAUUGGAGCUUUGCCCAUGGUCCAAGAUCCUCUGGAGCACCGAUGGCCACUGGUUUCCCGAGACAUACUUGUUGGCCAUCAUUCAGAUGCGCGAAGUGUUUGAAACAGUCCUGUCUGGCUACGUCCGCAACGGCCACAUUGGCUGGCGGGCCGCAGUCGACCUGGUCCGGGAUGUCCUCUUCAAGAACGCCAACAAGUUAUACCACCUGGAACUUGAAUUUUCCGAACUGGAAGAAGAGAGCGCUCUCGCACAGGGUGCGUAUCAGAGCGACGCCGAGCUUCUUCGCGCCUUCUUGAAGGACCAGCCGGUCCCCGACUUUGUCCGGAUUUGCUGGAACGACUUCACUGCGUCGCAACGGAUGCGCAUGAUUCCCUUCAGGAAGUUCGCCUCCCUCCUUAACGAGGGCAAGUCAACGGAUAUCGGCAUUACCGCCGCCGUAUUCGGCCUGCUCCAGAACGACUCAAUGGUACCCGGUGCAUCUCCGACGGGAGAAUACCGCCUCCAUCCGGACUUCUCCUCCCUCAAGAGAGGGCCGAUCGAAGGGCACAUCAGUCUGCACGGCGAGUUCCGCCAGCAAUCCGGCGCCCGAGUGCCCCUCUGCCCCCGCUCGAUCCUCCAACGCGCCGUCGAGUUCGGCGCCGAGAACAACCUCUCUUUCCUGAUCGGCUUCGAGAUCGAGUUCCUCCUCCUCGAGCGCGGCGAGAAGAAGCCCCACAACUACUCGUCCCUCACCACCGACGGGCACGCCUGGUCCGUCAGCCGGUACUUCGCCAGCCCUAAAGUGGCCACCCUCCUGCGCGACAUGGUCGCCGCCCUCGCCGACAUGGGCAUCUACGUCGAGCAGCUGCACGCCGAGAGCGCCACGGGCCAGUUCGAGCUCGUCCUCCCGCCCUACCCGCCCGUCCAGGCCGCCGACACCCUCCUCCACGCCCGCGACGUCAUGUCCGCCCUCGCCACCGCCGCCGGCUUCCGCAUGACCCUACACCCAAAGCCCUUCACCAACGCCUGCGGCACCGCCUCCCACAUGCACAUGUCCGUGUCCUCCUCACCCGGCGGCGACAGCAGCGGCGGCGACAAGCCGGAGCUCUACCGCCCCUUAUACGCCGGCAUCCUCAAGCACCUGCGCGCAAUCCUGGCCUUCGCCUACGCCAGCCCGGCGAGCUACGAGCGCGUAGCCGACGGGACCUGGUCGGGGGGCCGGUGGGUGGCCUGGGGCACGCAGAACCGCGAGACGCCCCUGCGCAAGGUCGACGGCGCCCACUGGGAGCUGAAAUGCCUGGACGGGCUCGCCAACCCCUACCUGGCGGUGGCGGCGGUGCUGUUCGCGGGCGUGAAGGGGGUGGUGGACCGCGAGGUGCUGGUGUGGGGGGACUGCGAGAUCGAUCCGGCGCGGCUGACGGCGAAUGAUCGGAAGGAGCUGGGCGUGAGUCAGAUGCUGCCCGAGAGUGUGGAGGAGGGGCUGGCGGCGCUGAGGGAGGAUGGGGAGCUGUGUGAGAUGAUGGGGGCGGAGCUUGUUGAGAGGUACGUGGCGCUGAAGGAGUUUGAGCUGGGGUUUUUGGGCAAGAUGGGCGAGGACGAGCGCAGGCAGUGGUUGAUGGAGCGGUAUUGAGCACGUGUUGAGGGAUUGAUCUUCGGGGUGGGAUGUGGAUUGCCCCUGAAAUUGAUAGGUGCAGAGGAGUUUGUUGCUGUAAUCCCGUGUGGAUGGAUCCAACUCGCAAAGCAUUCCUCAUGUUGAACCAAUACUGCGACAAGAUCUGUGGAAGGUAGGUGCGGUCUUCAGCACGUAUCUCUCAACAUUCUUUCAUACCUUAGGUAGGUGCCCCAACACUCGUUUCCUGGAGCUCCUUAGGACCGAGCUUGCACGA